AUGGACGUGCAUAUCAUCCUGAUCUUCGUGGUCUCCACGGUGGUGCUCGCCGCCAUGUAUCUCUCCCACGCCAACAUCGACCAGCGCCUGCGGGACCUGAGCGCGGAGCAGGCCGUGAUCAGCGCCAUGGUCGCACCGCGUGACCCGGCGGGGGUGGACGGCGACGUGGCUUUCUUCAAGCUGGCGGACAUCCUGACGGGCGGGCAACGGGCGCCGGAGGGCCAGGGCGGGAUGGCCACCAUCGUCGAGGAGGCGGAUGCGAACGCCGACGAAGGGGAGGCGAGCGAGGACCCCGCCGAACAGGUCGGCGUCAGAAAGCGCAAGCGGGGCGCGGGCGAAAUAAAAACGGGCGGGAGGGCGGCCGCGCAGGGGCAGAUGCACGUUCGGUACUCGGUGCCGCCCGUCAGGAUCGGGCUACCUGCCUACGACAUCGAGGAUGCCCGCGGCUACGUCCGAGACAAGCUGACGGCGAAGGGCUUCGAAGUGCGGCGCGAAGCGGGGCACGAAUUGCUGAUCGACUGGACGGACGCCGUCAGGAGGGCCGAGAAGGAGGCCUGUAGGAAGAAGAAGAAGAGGGCCCGGAAGCCCCGCGGAGAGCGCGCGGCCUCUCCGAAGCGGGUGCCGCCGAGGGAGAUGGAGCUGCCCGACAUGUGCAAAGACCCGAACGAUAUAUUCGCCCUCCCGUCGCUGCGGGCGGUGAGGGCGACGGUGGCACGCUUAAAAUAG